AUGGAAAGUUUGACAGAUGAAGAGAGUUGGAAGCUGUUUUGUGCUUAUGCAUUUCCCGAGUCUGAGAAAAUUGGACCGCCAGAGCACCUGAAGGAGGUAGCUCUUAACAUCGUGAAGAAAUGUGCGAAAUUACCACUUGCAAUCAAGACCACAGCAGCAUCCCUGGUGAGCACUACACUGCCAAGGGACUGGCAGUCCAAGCUUCAUAAGCUGAAAACAGUAGCUACUCCUAGCGACCCUGUCAUGGAUAUUCUCAAGGUGAGUUACGACUCCCUGCCUGCACAUUUAAAGGCUUGUUUUGCUUAUCUUGCUUUCUUUCCCGAGGAUGAGCAAAUAGAAUGUGAGUACCUCAUACAUCUAUGGACGGGAGAAGGAUUCAUUCCAGCAGGAGAGAACCCGUGGGAUUGUUUAGAUCAGCUUGCCAAUCUCUGUUUGGUUGAAGUAUGGGAAGAGUGGAAUCUGAUAAAAUAUUGUAAGAUUCAUGAUUUAUUGCUGGAUUUGGCCAGACUUAUAUCCAGAGAAAAUAGAUGUGCAUUCAAUGUUGAAGAUGCCCUCUCCAAAUUGCGCUCUGUGAAUACAGGUGGCGGUCGCUGGUGUCGCCUAUUUUUGGCCAAGAAAAAUAUAGAUGAGCAUGCUAUCUCAGAGAGGCGUUCUGUUUCUCCCACACUUGUCCACACACUAUUAUUGUCUGGCAAUAGCAAAAUUGGAAGAAACAUGCCAGCAAUGUUGAUUAGCGGUAUGAGAGUUCUACGGGUUCUCGAUUUGAGCCACACAAAUAUCUCUACAUUGCCUGCAUGCGUUGGAAAUAUGAAACUUCUUAGAGUGUUGAAUUUGAGGGGGACAGGGAUUAAGAAGGUACCAAAGUGUGUAAGAUCUCUUAAGAGUCUCUCUUUUCUUGAUGUCUCUGAUUGUCGUGGAUUAGAGCCUCAGGCGCCCAAAUGGAUAAGUGAACUAAAAUGUCUGCAGCAUUUGAAAGGCCGUUUUCAGCGAAUGCCAAAGGGAAUAUCAAAGCUGGAGUCUUUGCGAACACUACGAGGAUCAUUCUUUCUGUUGUCCCUAUCCAUGGAAAGAGGACGGUCUGUUAACGUUAAGAGGAUGUUGGCAAGAUGA